CCUCUUUUCAUAUUCCUUUUCUUAACCUCUUUCUCUUCAAGUGGGAUAUAAAUCAUUUUUAUUACACUUUUUCUCUCCCUCCUCCCGUAUCUAUGCUUACCUGGGAAGUACAUGUUGCGAAACGGGAAAAAAGUAAUGCUCAAGAGUAAUAGCCCUAACCGAAACGGAUCUGACAAUUCUCGAUACAAACGGUGAGGUUACUUGUGAGCUGCGCAUGUGAAGAGUCAUGUAGCUUGAGGACUUGCAGGGCUAGACUUUGGCACAGAACUGAUUUUCUAGCUCAACUAGGUAGCUAGAAUGCGACCGACAGCCAAGUCGAAAAGGCCGCCGCAAAGAAAGAACAACCCUGUCUCGUCGGGGAUUCUCUCAUGGACCUCUACCCUACCGUCUCCGUUUCUGGAGCAGAUAGGGCAAAGCCCAGAUGACAUAGGCAGGGCACUCGUUGCCGAUGGCCCCAAAAGGUGGGUCGUCUACGAACCAAUGGUUCUGCUGCCAAGCAACAGCUUCGCCACAGGCAUAUGGAAGACCAUAGGCCUGCUUGACAAGCCCAUGGUUGAAGCGCUCUGGAUCCGCAUCUUGACGGAAAUUUCGCAGGGCUCAAGACAGCCGUUGACCCAUCUGGCCGUCAACGAAGGCAUUCCCCUCCAAAUCGCGAAGACUGAGUCCGAGCCCGAAGGCACGGCUGCAGAUCCCAGGAGGAGCCAUGGGGAGGGGCUGUGUCCUGCUGCUCCGCUUCUGGCCAGAGAGAACGUCAUAAGACGCCCCACCCGGCUUUGCAUGCUCUAUGGCGACUUCGGGCCCGAUACCCCUAUUGCGCGGGGGAGUCGGGAUGCCGUCGCGGAAGAGGACUUUGAAGCGGCGUUCUGGGUGUCGACCAAGCAGAACGGCAUACGGCAGAUCUGGGCUCCGCGAUGGACCAUGUUUAGCCGGGGGAAUGUCAAGGAGAAGGCCCGUCUCCUAGCAUUCCACAAUGCGCCGCCGCCCACGCCUACCGGUGACCGGGAGGAGGGACAUCUCAGCCGUAGGGUCCGCCCGAGGACGAGUCUCAGAGACAAGUGGGCUGUUGAUCUCUACGCGGGGAUCGGGUACUUCGUCUUCUCCUAUGCCAGGCUCGGCCUCGGGGUGCUCUGUUGGGAACUGAACCCGUGGAGCGUCGAGGGCCUGCGGAGAGGCGCCGACGCAAAUGGGUGGCCCGUUCGGGUGGUGAAGGGCGCCGACCUUGCGUUGCCGACGGCGGAACUGGUGACUGGCCGGGAACGGAUCGUCGUCUUCCUCGAAGACAACCAACACGCGAGGCGAAGAAUCGAGGAGCUUAGGAUAGCAUCGACGGUGGAGAUGGAUGUAGUGCACGUCAACUGCGGCCUCCUUCCAUCCAGCGCGCAGACUUGGGAGCCGGCGUGGUCGAUUAUUGUGGGUGCAGGUGAUGGCUGGUUGCAUCUGCACGAAAAUGUCGGAGCUGCUGAUAUUCAACGCCGUCGACAAGAGAUUCAGGAGGUAUUUGACACUUGGGCGAGGCUCGGUGGGCAAAACAGGAUCGCUAGCGUCGAACAUGUUGAACAGGUCAAGACAUUUGCUCCAGAUGUCUGGCACUGUGUCUUUGAUGUCUAUACUACAAUCUCUAGUCGCAGUUAUUAGUGUUACAUGACAAGAGCAUCUCACAUCUAUGUGUGGAUGUAUGGGC